CGCCGCGCCCCGCAGCCCCGCUCACAGUCCGUGUGGACCCCUCCGCAGACCUCGUCAUGGACCCCUUCAAGUGCGCGCUGCUGCUGCUGCUGGCGGGGCUGGCGGCCGCCCUCGAGGAGCCGCUGCCCGAGCGGUUCCUGCCGCCCAGAGACUUCAACCCGCACCCCUUCCAGCGGCCGCUGCAGCCGGGCGAGGAGGUCGGCGACGAGCACGAGCAGCCCAGCGGGCAGGUGGUGCCGGGCGCGCACCAGGACCCCGUGCAGGAGCCGCACCCGUACGCGCUGCUGGCGAGGAAGAGGCCGCGCGAGGGCCGCUACCCGCACCACCAGCCCGGUGACCCCGUGCUCUACCCGCACCCCAUCACCGUCAUCAGCGAGCUCCACAGAUCCGCAGCCCGUGCAAAGCUGCACCGCAGUCAGCACCAGAAACAGCAGCAGGAGCAGGAGCUGCAGCAGCAGCAGCAGCAGCACCUCCAACAUCAGCAACUGCUGCAACAGCAGCAGCAGCAGCAGCAGCAGCAGCAACAACAACACCAGGGGUACUACCCCGUGCAAGAGCUGCAGUCCCUGGACCCCCAGCAGGACGUGUACCGCCAACAAGUACUGGUCUACGAUCAGCCCGACGCACAUCAGCUGCAGCAGAUCCCGCAGCAGAUCGCGCAGCAUGUCCCUCACCAAACUCCCCAGCAGAUCCAGCACGCGCAGCCACAGCAGCUUCAGCACGACAGCACGGACGACAACUACGCCUUCUCGUACUCCGUGCGCGGCACCGGAUCCGGUGACAACUUCGCGCACGCGCAGGCGCGCAGCGGCGGCGGCACGAGGGGCGAGUACCGCGUGCAGCUCCCCGACGGCCGCCUGCAGAUCGUGAGCUACGUGGCGGACAACCACGGCUACCGCGCCGACGUGCGGUACGACGAGCAGCUGCACCAAACAGGAGGUGCGGCCCCAGCGGUGCAGCAGGUGCAGCAGGUCCAGCAGCAAUACACGCCCGUCGGCAAGCUCCAGCAGUACGUCGUGUCGCCCUCCGCCGCCCCGGACGCCCAACAGUACAUCGUUUCGCCGGCCGCGCGAAGGCCGCAGUACAUCGCCCACGCCAGCCAGUCGCCGACGCCCGAGCGGCACCAGUACGUCGCAGGGCCUGAGGCUGCUCACCAGUACCUCGUCUCGCCCUCGGCCGCCCCCGAACAGCAGCAGUACGCCGUUGUCUCGCCCUCGGCUGCCCCCGAGCAUCACCAGUUCGUCAUCUCACCCUCGGCUUCCCCCGAGCAGCACCAGUACGUCGUGUCACCCUCAGCCACCCCCGAGCAGCACCAGUACGUCGUGUCACCCUCAGCCGCCCCCGAGCAGCAUCGGUACAUCGUGUCGCCCUCCGCGGCUCCCGAGCAGCACCAGUAUGUCAUCUCGCCCUCGGCUGCCCCUGAGCAGCACCAGUACGUCGUCUCGCCCUCGACCGCCCCCGAGCAGCAUCAGUACGUCGUGUCGCCCUCCGCGCGCCCCGAGCAGCACCAGUACGUCGUGUCCCCGUCGGGCGCCCCUCAGCACGGCCACUUCUUCAGCCCCACGGCCGCCACCCCCGUGGCCGCUGCCUCACACCUGCAGUACUUGUCGCCCUCGACAGCGGUACCCUCGCCUGCCUCGCACCAAUACCUGGACCGGCCGGCCGCGGCUGCAGGCCGCCAAUACUACGACGACGGCUAUUUCGUGUCGUCCACGACGCCGUCCCCUUUGGCGUCACUGGACGAAGGGCUGGACCCGUCCGGCUUCGUCCGGUUGGAGCAGUCGAGGGUCCCCACUACCCAGGCCCCUCCCCCUGACAACACUGCGUCUCCAGCACCCAUACAAUUUCCAAGGGUACCAGAAGACACCCAGGACCAGCAGCAGCAACAACAACAGCAGCAGCAACAGCAGCAACAGCAGCAGCAGCGACAACCACAGCAACAAUAUGGCCAGUCUGGCAGAUCAAACCAGUUGUUCCAGUCUAGCCAAAGGUUCAACAACCUUUUGUUACGACAGGGUUACUUAUAGGACAUUUUUUCAUUUUUAUAAUAUUGUGAAACAAGGUGUCACGUCAUCAGGUGAUGGCUGGAUAAAGAACACAAGAAGACUGCAUAAAUGCAACUCUCAUUGCCAUUUCUAUAAUUCCAAUAUUUCAUAAUGCCCAACAGUCAGGCAUUAAAGUGUACAUACAUUGUGUGAAGACUGGUACGUUGCAUGCUUAAAUGAUAAUUUGAUGAAAACUGCGUUAGAGUGAGGGAGAUACAAUCCAACCAUACCAUUCUGUAAGAAACUAUCGGUCAAAGUUAAAACGCAUUACCUCUGUAUAUAUUUUUAAUUUUAUUAUCAAAGCAAGACUCUUUUAUUGUGCUGAGGAACUUAAAGGUGUUCAAUCAGAUUGAAUGUUCGCAUGUGUGUUUAUUUUUCUUGUGUGUGUGUGUGUUUGUGUGGUUGUUUUUUUUUUUUGCGUUAAAGUGUAUGUGUGUGUGUACUAUGUGUGUGUCUGUCUCUCUGUCUACGUGUGUGUGCGCGCGCGCGAGCAUAUGUGUUUGUGUGUUUGUUUAUACUUUAAUAAUUUAAAACUACAAAUUUAUUUUUCUCAACAAAAUAUAAAAAUAAACUUGACUCAACAAUA